AACAACGCGGAACAUAGAUAACAUUAUAAAACUGUUAAUAAUACUAAAUCAAAAUGUAUAGAACGAACCGUAAAUGAAGGCAUAUUCUAAGUCUGUAUGAUUUUAUAAUGAUACGGAAAUCGAACGGAAACAGCUAUUAUGGAACAAUGCAUCACCAAUUGAAUUCUUCUCCUGUGGCAAGUAAAAUUUCCUUAUUACACACUUGAAAUGUAUUAUGAUGAAAAUAGUUUCACAUUUAUUUAAGAGCAAUGAAUGACAUGGGAAACGUUAGCUCAACUGCAGUUACACAUGCUACAGUUUCUUCUGUAGACUCUCUAGCAGUACAGAAAGAUGUUGGAAAGGAAUUAGUUUUGGGCAAAUCUAAGAUAUUGUCCAAAUCUCACUGCAUAGGUAUAGUUCCAGAAAAAAACACUCUCAAUAAAAUCAAAUUACCUGCAGGAAGUCUCAACUCUGAUUUCUUAGGAGGCAGACGGGGCGUUGUUAAGAAAGAAAACGAAGUGGUUUUGGACGUAAACCAUUUAAGUACUAAUGGGAAGUUUGACAGAAAACUUGUUGAUGACAACAUUGAAAAUUGUCAAUACAAAGAUGACAACUCAGAGUGUGUUGCUGCAUUUGGCGAAUCAAAGUCUCUUGAGAGUGGUGAGACUGGUGAUAAAGAAGACAAAUGUCAAGACGAAGACAAUCUGUGUCUGCAAAAUAUCGAAGAUGACAGUGUUGGUCAUAAGGAGAGCAGAAGAGAUUUGAGUGAAGAAAAGAAAUUAGUCAUUAAACAAUUGGUAAAUCAGUGUCAUGAAUCUGUUGCAAAUCUUGACAAAGAUCACCGUGUGAUAUUGACUAUGGUAAAAACGCGUUCUAGUUCCCAUCGAAAAUUCCAUGACAGAGGACUAAAGCUGAUAGCAGAGCUUGAAAGUAUUGUCAAGAAGUUUAAAGAGGUGCGGAAGGAGAAAGAUUAUGCCAUCACAGAUCUAAAGAAUAUUCUAAGAAGGCUUACAGAAAAUCUUCAGGUGAUGGAAAAGAAACUGAAGACAUUAGAAUCUAGAAGAGAAAACUGCACAGAAUACGAAUUACAAAAUAAAGAACUAAAAACAAAUGGGUCAAAAGAGCAACAGAAUGAAAAUCCAAACCCUCUCAGUACUUUUCAAUCAAACACUAAUUCCAAGAUAUUAACGAUUGAACAAAAUAGCAGUUCAUUAUCUCAAAAAGAUGAAAUUGUCUCCACUGAACCAGACUCUGGCACUAAAGAUUUUUCUCCAAACAAUCUUGAAGAUAGCACGCUUUGCUCGACCAAUAAUAACCAUGUCGGCCUGUACAGCUCAUUUCAUCAGAACGAUUGUCCACCAAGAUCAUCAUGGAACGGUAACCCAAAGAUUGACAGACAAGACGGCGAUGGGCCUCAAGAAAUUAUUCUAAACCUGCAGAGAGAGCACAAUUCUUUAGACGAUCGAAAAUGCAGUAAUUGUGACCAAUCGGUCCAGGCCAGUCACAAUAAUUCUGAGUCAUUAACCCAACGAAAUGAUUUGUCUUUUGGAUACUGGAUGGAUAAGGCCAACGAAUUCCUGAGAAUGAAUACCGAGGAGAGAGAAAUUCAUAGUGUACGUGGUAUAUGUAGUGUUCUCUGUCUGGAUACUUCGGAAAGCAUGUCCGGAGAGGCAUUCCAAACGAUGGUCGAUCUGGCUAUUCGAUUUAUAUCAGGUAUACAGGCUUCGCCUUUACCUCAGAGCGUUGGAUUAGUUUGUUUUGGAGAGGACACAAAAGUUUUAAGCCGAUGUUGUACGGAUUUUUUAAACCUGAAACAAAUGAUCAAGAAAUUAAAACCUAGAGGAACAAGUCCUUUGUCUGCAGGACUUCUACUUUCUUGCGCUGUAACAAAAUUGAUAGGAGGUAUUCCCUGUGUACGAGGGGACGCAUUUUAUCCCCGGAUCAUCGUUCUAACAGACGGAGUAGCCACCCCUCAACAUGUUACCGGGAAUAAAGAUUUUACACCAGAGAUGUCGGAUAUCUUAAAUAUUUCGGCGGAAAUAGCCGCUGUGUUGUCCGCAACAAUAGGACCCCCCGUCAGAGUAUACAGUGUACUUCUUGGAAAGGCGGAUGAGACCAUGUUAGGGCCAGCAGUUAGAAUAACGGGUGGAAAAUCGAUCAGACCAGCCGACUUUGAUAAACUUAUACAUCAGCAGGAAGGAGAGUUGUUAGCUGCUCAUCUCAGGUCCUAUUUUCCGAACUUUCGGAAUGUGGAACCCGACAUGGUGCGGGCAGUUUUGGAAGCAUCCGAGCAUUCCAUAGGACAACUAGACUUGGAGGACCUUGUUGAGUAUAUACGAAACCCACCUCCCCAAAUGGGAACGGAUCGUCAUGACAACGAGACCAACAAUAGCCACAGAAAACUCACCACUAGCAUGCCACCGAUAGGAACUAGAGUAAGGAGGGGCCCAGACUGGCGGUAUAACGAACAAGACACACACGGUCCAGGAACAGUUGUUGAUAUUGAUCGUGACGGUUUUAUAUUCGUUAUGUGGGACAAUCGUAAUCGAUAUCCUUAUCCUUAUGGAUUCCAUGGCGAUUUUGCUGUAACGGUAGUCGACGAACCUAGAAUUUUACCAGAUGAUCAGUUAAUUGAUGUUGGAUGUCUCGUUAAAAGGGGUGAUGAUUGGAGAGACAAUGGCCAUGACGGGGGUCCAGGUAGUAUUGGGGUUGUGCUUCGGACCCAUUUCGAUGCAACAGUCGAUGUUAUAUGGCCAACUGGGCAACGAAGGAGAUACAAAUAUGGGAAACAGGGAUACUUUGAAGUAGAACUUUGUGAUCCAUUCGACGAAAAUGUAAGGAACCGAAUGCUAAGUAUGAACGUUCAGGAAUGUUCAGCUGAUAGUUACAGUACUAGUGAAUUCCUGGGAAUUGAGUCAGGGGGACUUAGAAUAGAGGACGUUGUCAUUUCUUAUGACAGAACCAAGAACGCUAUGAAAGAUAUGAAUAGAGGAAAUGCCACUUUGGAAGAAAUGAAUAAAAGAAACGUCGUGCGAUCAAAAUGGACAAGUCAAGCAAGAGUCGAAUCAAUGAGUGAGGGUGGUGAAAAGUCAGCGGAACAAACAGGGGGACUGAACGGAAAAAGAGAAACAAACACCACCGUUAAUUCCUAAACUUGCUUAGGUGGUCAUGAAUAGAACUUGACAUUUCAGUACCAACAGCGAGCAGAUGGUGAUCUAAGUUUGUCAGAUGGCCUUUGCAAGACCCAUUUUGAAAACCCAAAGAAACUUUUAGAACACGUCCAGUUUCUGACUUUAUAGAAUUGCAUGAUCCUAGUCAAAAAUAAUGGUUGAUACUCAGUUUUUAUGAUUUGAUAAAGCUCCUUGCAUAAUGUACAGGUAGUAUGCUAAUGAGAUUUUACAAUGUGCAUCCUCAAAUAAUUCGUAUCAAUUUUUUGUUAUAAUUACCUGUUUAGAUAGUUUUUAGUGGGUUGGGAAAUUAAAAAUCAGAAAGAGAGAGAGAGAGAGAGAGAGAGAGAGAGAGAGAGAGGUGUAUUGUGUUUGCAGCAUUGGGUGGUUUGUUAUAUUUUUCCCUGCAUUGCUCACUGCGUUUUAUCAUAUCCUUAUAAACCAUCAAAGAAGCCAUAUAUGUUUAUUAAGAUGAAAAAUAUCUGUUUUUAAAGAAAAAAAAACCUAAAAAUCAACAUGCAUACUCUUUUAUGCUAUUUUUUGUUGUGUUUAUUUGAUAUAUAUAGUUAUGGUAGCCGCAAUUUGGGUCAAAGUAAGGUCAGGGUUGGACGUCGUUUAAUUAAAAUGUUAUUGUCAUCUGUAUUGUCAUGUUGUAAAUUUUGAAUUUACUGCCACCCGGUAAAUUCAAAACAACAUGACAGUAUAAUGAAUAAACCUGAUACAUUGUUUCCGUAUGAUGUUUUUUUUAUUUGUUUUGAGGG